UUCAGUAUUAUUCCCUUAAAUGCCUGGGCAAACGCUUACCGCUAACAAGUUUACGUUCAUUGGUAACCGUAAAGCCAUCAAUCAAAGCAACUUUUCGGGUAUUUACUAGCUUCUCUCAUUGAGUUUACCGUACAUGUUUAAUCCUAUAAAGCAAAAAUUUUUUUGCAGCCGAGCGUAAUCUCAGUCUGGAACGGUCGACCAGGUCGACCUCAUUUCCAAGGAACGGUAAAGUUGUGUGGUUGUGUGAAAGCGCUAGAGAUCCCGCUUGGUAAAUCUGGAUCGACUAUGCGCGUAUCGCACUUGCAGAAAAUAUCUGGAUUUCCAGACGCACGACCUGGAAUGACCCCAGGAAGUGUCUCCCCCUGGCAGCUAGCGUUGGUAGUGAUGAGCGGACGGGAGACGGCAGGCCUUUAUUUAGGCCUUACUAAAUGAAAUAGGGAAAAGGGCGAAAAUGGUGUCGCGGACGUGGUAGUGAAGGUAUGGCGACGGGUGGAAAAAGUGCGAAGAAGUUGGACGGCGUGUCCCCAACUCCAGCCGAAGGGGAGUCGUCGGACAGUGAUGGGGAGACGGAGCCGGCCAAAUCGUUUCAUAGACGGUGGUCAACAAACCGCGAAAUAAACAAUUCGGCCGCCAUCAAGGAGGGGUACUUGUUGAAACACACAUGGACCUUUCAGAGAUGGAGGAAGCGAUACUUUAAGUUAAUGGGACGCAAAUUAUUCUAUUCCAAAGACCCUAAGGCUGUGAUCUUCGAUGAGAUCGAACUCACCGACCUGUGCCUAGCUGAGUGUUCAACAAAAAACGUCAAUCACAGUUUUCAGCUUAUAACCCCGUUCAGAUCGUUAGUGCUUUGCUGCGAAUCCCGAAGAGAAAUGGAAGAGUGGCUCAGUGCACUUACAGCUGCCUCGCAGCGCCGGUACCACGAACUGGAACCUGACUGUCUUUCCGGUCAGCACCAUUGGUACGCACCAUCAUUCGAUGCCAGACCGACUUAUUGUAACGUUUGCCGUUAUAAAAUAAAUGCUCGCCAUUUGCUGCGAUGCGAAGUGUGCAAGUUUAAUGUGCAUAAACGAUGUGCAGCCAAAGCGAUAAACAACUGCAAAUGGACCACUUUGGCCUCUGUGGGCAAGGAUAUCAUUGAGGAUGCUGAUGGGCAUAUUCUUAUGCCGCAUCAGUGGAUGGAAGGUAACCUGGCGGUGCUGUCCAGGUGCGCUGUAUGUAAUGCUGUUUGUGGCUCAGUUUUAAGGAGACAAUCAAGGUGUGAAGUUUCUUCGGCGCUUCAAGCAACUCUUGAACCCGGCCCAAGUGUUCGAUCUUAUUUCCACUGGGCCGCGCCUCGGCUUAAGGCUGUUCAGACACUUCGAUCCAUUCCGAAUAUUGGUCUGCAGUGGGGAUGGUUCAGUUGGAUGGGUUCUAUCCGAAAUCGACAAACUAGAUAUGCAUAAACAGUGCCAAGUUGCAGUGUUGCCUUUGGGUACCGGCAAUGACUUGGCACGGGUUCUGGGAUGGGGGGCCAGCUGCGAUUCAGACGCCCAUCUUCCGCAGCUUUUGGAAAAAUAUGAACGAGCCAGCGUGCAAAUGCUGGACAGAUGGAGCGUGAUGGCCUUUGAAAGGACCAUUGCGGUGCCGAAACUUUCAUUAACACCGGGGCAGCCGGAGGGGCAACUUCACAUACAGAUCACCCAGUAUGAGGAGAGCCUCAAGAGCCAUUUGCAGAACAUUCUACAGUCGGAUGAGACGUCCGUUAUCAUUAACUCGGCAAAGGUACUUUGCGAAACGGUCAAGGACCUUCGAAUGCAGAUCAGCGAGAGCUCGAUCACCAGAAGCGAUGAGCAGCUGUUGAAGCUGAGCGACGUCUUGCAGCAGAAGCAGGAUCUGUUGCUGCAGGCUUUAACCAACGAUGUGGAUGUUGCAAACUUUGCUUCGACCUCCAACUCAGGACGAUACUGACAGUGAAAUAUCGUUCGACCGAGGCAAGAGUGAAAAGUGCGAGAAGGAGCUGAGCAACAUCAAUUUUCGCAAACACCGCCGCACCUCCAGGUUUGUGGAACGGGAAAAGGACGCUCUGAACAAUCGCGCCAAUAGUCUGAAAAAAGCCCUGAGGAAUCUGGAAUGCUCCAGCAUCAUCUCAGCAAUAUCCAACGACGAAACGAGCUUCGCGAGCGAAAUUAUGGAACGCGGCUCUUUCGUGCCGAGAAAAGGUAGCGAUGGUGAGGACGUUAAUGGGCAUAUCUGUCACAUCGACUCUCCGGAGACGGACACCUACCCCACCUCCGAUGUGGUCCAAGGUGAGUCUUUAAUGGACGACAUCAGCUCCAUGAUUGGGGAAAUCCUCUGCGGAUACGAUCAGGACAGCGUGGCGGAUACCUAUACGGACGACACAACGCUCUUCCAUACAGAACUAGAACGGAAGUUGAGUGUGAAAAAGGACUCGCUGGAACGAAAGAGGCGCAACAACAUGCGAAGGAAGUCGGCACCGGGAGCGCCAAGAACCGAGGAUACUGACCAAUACCAAUACGGGUUCGAGAACAGAGCCUUCAUGUCCCAACAUGUCUACUUGGACAAUAGAUACAAUCAGCCGCAACGAUACUGUAGCUUGGCCCAGUUUGUUGAAGGCAGUGACAUCGCACGACGCUCGUUUAAACGGCGCAACACCAACAAAACCUCCAAAACUGAGGCCAACGUGUCGCGGCAGAGCACCUUGCAUGAGGAGGCUGAGAGCCUCUCGGCCAGCUACAGAGGCAGCGUUUCCAGCAUCAACAAGCUGGCCAAAGAGCUGUCCAACGUCUCCGCCACCACUGUGAAGGAAGCCAUGGACAAGGAUCUGGAGAAGGAAAGUGAUAAAGAAAGCGAGAAAUGCAAGUUCCCCCCAGUGAGCGUGAUAGUAGAGCCCCCCUCCCCGAUUUUGACGGAGCAGGCCCGAUCGGAGCGCAUGGAGUGUAUCCGUAUAGAGAUUGAAGGCGCCGACGAUGAUCUCGAUCUACGGAAUCUCUAUUCCAAAUCCGACAAGUUGUCGAUCAGCGACGUCAGCAACAACAGUUCCACCACCAACUUGCUGACGGUGGAUCACGACCCAUCCGCAACGCGUUCCCCAGCCGCAACGCGUCGAAUCUCCUGCUGCAGCAUGUUGAAUCCCCAAGAUGCUGCAGCUCUGGCCGCUACCGCUGCAGCCUCCACCAAAUUCUACCACGAGAGUGGCGAGAAAAAGGAGAAGAAGCCCGAGGAUAAGGAGGCAAAGAAGAAGCGCAAGUUGCCCAUCAUUAAUCCUCUGGUGCGGUUGCCAUCGUGGCCCAAUGUGACCACAAGUGGAGGAUUUAUCAGCAAAUGCCUUCUGGCCAAUGCGGACACUCUGUGUGCAGCAGUGAGUCCCUUAAUGGACCCGGAAGAAACGUUAAUGGAAGGAUUCUACGAAAGAUGCGUGAUGAACAACUAUUUCGGCAUUGGGAUCGAUGCGAAAAUUUCCCUGGAUUUUCACCAUAAACGCGAAGAGCAUCCAGAAAAGUGCAGAUCCAGAGCCAAAAACUACCUCUGGUACGGAGUGCUGGGCGGUAAAGAGCUGCUUCAGCGCACCUUUAAGAACCUCGAACAACGCGUGCAGCUGGAAUGCGAUGGGCAAAGAAUCCCCCUGCCCAGCCUACAAGGAAUAGUAAUUCUGAAUAUUCCAAGAUUUAUGGGAGGCAUCAAUUUCUGGGGCGGUUCCAAGAUGGACGACGUGUUCAUAGCCCCCUCCUUCGACGACAAGAUUCUGGAAGUGGUUGCGGUCUUCGGGUCCAUGCAGAUGGCGGCAUCUCGAAUGAUGAAGUUCCAACAUCAUCGCAUCGCACAAUGCCAGAGCAUCCAAAUCAACAUCCUAGGCGACGAAGGAGUUCCGAUACAAGUGGAUGGCGAAGCCUGGAUUCAACCUCCGGGCAUUAUACGAAUCCUGCACAAAAACCGCAUGCAAAUGCUGGGCAGGAACAGAGCCCUGGAAAACUCUCUGAAGAGCUGGGAGGAGAAGCAACGCCAGAGUAUUGCUGGUCAAGGAGGCGCCAAGCCCCGACUUUCCAUUUCUGGGGCGAGUCACGACAAGUCUAGAAGCAGCGUGACUAGGCAAAGCAUGCCUGGUCACACCACCGACACAUCCAAGAGCUUCCUGGGAGUGACUGUGGAGAAGAUCCGCCAGCAUUCGUUUAGUGGAGCGGUUCCCCACAUCGAGAAAGAAAAGCAUUCAGUCACAUUCGUGGAACGCCCGCCAGAGCGGCUGGAUGUGGACAUUCUCUUCGGCACAGAGGAACACUAUCUGCUAAUGAACUUCAUUGAGUGCGCCACAUCGCUGAGCAAGUGGAUCAAGAUUCUAGCGAUCAGCCACACUUUGGAGACCGACCUGUACGCGCUCGCCUCCAUAACGGACGCCUGUCUGGAAAGCAUUCACCCCCAAGGGAAGAUCCUAACCGGUCCAGCCCUUCGAUCCGAAUUCUCCAAGCUGGUGGAAUCCGUUAAGCAGCUAUACGAAGAAAGUUGCUGUCUGUUGCACGAUCGAAACGAUAAGUUGAAGCUGCGCGAAGACUUGGAAAGCAAACUGAGCGUCAGCUUGGCCAACGUGGAGCUGGAACUGAGGAAGUGCGUUUUGUUCGAAACGUCGGAGGGCAGCAUGGUGUGCCUGCAAGCGGUUCCGGAGGAAAGCGAGCACAAGAGAAAGGGGAUGUUUUGGCUGAAGUUCAGGAAAAGCGUGUCUUCGGAGCGGCGCUCCUCCAGUUGCAAACGAGAGGUGGCUUCGUGGGGAACCCACGAAGUAGCCACUUGGUUGGACACUCUCCAGCUCACUGAGUAUAUUGACAGCUUUGAAAAGAACGAUAUUAGAGGCCGGGAGCUCCUCACUUUGGCCAGGAGAGAUCUGAAGGACUUAGGAGUGACAAAGGUUGGUCACGUGAAACGAAUUUUACAAGCAAUCAAAGACUUGUCUCAAGGAGUCUAAAACCAAAGCAAAUUGAACUUCAGACCAUAUCAAAUGCGACGAAACGGGUUAUAAGCCGGCAAAUUCCAAAAGUAAAUGUUCCUUAGAGUUAGGGGAACACAUUCAACCCAACCCACAAUUCCACUAGGUAUUUAUAGCGAUUAGUUUCCGUUUUUGGAGAAGCAUUUUUUACCUCCCCACUUGAGUAGUGUCUAAGUUAAACCGACCUCUUUCGAAAAAUUACGUGUUGAAUGUGAGAUAAUUAUUAGAUAUAUAUUAUAUAGACCCACUGUGAUUUCCGAAAUGUGUUACUUCUAAACAGUAAGUCAACCUAGGCUAAGCCACUCUAACUUAAGUCCUUAAUGAAACCUUUCGCUUCUAAUGACUAGUGUUUACUAAAGUGUAUUCUGUGGGAGAUGUUUUUCGACUGGUGCUAUUUAGGAACUUAGAUAGAUGAAGUGAGGAAGCGUGUCGAAGUGAUUGUGGCAGAGAAACAGCAAAAUUGCCGCUAAUUCUUUCCAUUCCCCAGGGACUUGGAUUUGAAGCAUUUUCAGCCACAAUUCCUACCGUAAAUAGCUGAUGUGUGUGCCGUAAUGAUUGCUGAUAUACACUUUGUAAUAAUCUCUAUGUACAAACUUCUACAUGUAAAGCAAUUGUACUUAAUAUAGCAAUAUUGUACUUA